AUGCUUCGCCUCCGCGGGGCUGAUAACUCCGUGGCCGAGCUCUUCAUCGUCCAGAUGAUCCAGGGUCUAGGAUCCGGCAUAAUGCAACUAUCGAUUCUUGUGCCUGCUCAGGUCGUUGUGCCUCACCGCGAGAUGCCACAGAUCACUGCUUUGGUCAUUUGCUGUUCGGUCAUUGGGGGAAGUAUCGGAGGUUGCAUAGCUGGUGGCAUCUACACCAACACAUUCAAGCCGAUGCUGUACAAGUAUCUCGGCGCCAGCGCUUCACCGGAGCUCGUCGACUCGUUAUUUGAUUCCAUUGUUGGCACCGCACCUGCAUGGGGUACUCCGGAAAGAAACGCGAUCAACCAUGCUUUCACAGACGUGAUGAAAUUCAUGGUCUAUACUGCCGUCGGAGCUUCAGCUCCGGGGGUUAUCCUGGCCUGGUUCCUGCCAGAUUUUAUAUUACCUGACCGAAACAACAUGGUUGAGGAGUAA